AUUUCCAUAAGUUAUAUGGAAUCAGGAAAUCAAACAGCUAUUUCAAAAUUCAUUCUCCUGGGGCUUUCAGAAGAUAUAGACCUGCAGCCCCUCCUCUUUGGGCUGUUCCUGCACAUGUACCUGGUCUGUGUUAUAGGAAACCUGCUUAUCAUUCUUGCCAUUAGCUCAGACUCCCACCUCCACACCCCUAUGUACUUCUUCCUCUCCAACCUAUCCUUCACUGACAUCUGUUUCACCUCCACCACCAUCCCCAAGAUGCUGGUGAACAUCCAGACACAGAGCAAAGCAAUCACCUAUGAAGGCUGCCUUACCCAGAUGUAUUUUUUCAUGAUUUUUGCUGGACUGGAUAAUUUGCUACUGACAGUGAUGGCCUAUGACCGGUUUGUGGCCAUCUGCCACCCCCUGCACUACAUGGUCAUCAUGACCCCACGCCGCUGUGGUCUCCUGCUUCUGCUUUGUUGGUUAAUCUGCCUGAUAUACUCUUUGCUGCAAAGUUUGAUGGUUUUGAGGGUCUCCUUCUGUGAAGAGACAGAAAUCCCCCACUUCUUCUGUGAGCUUGCUCAGAUCCUCAAGCUUGCCUGCUCUGACACCCUUAUCAGUGAUACCCUGUUAUACUUUGUAACUGGCCUGCUGGGUGUUAUUCCCCUGACUGGGGUACUUUUUUCUUAUUCUAGAAUUAUUUCCUCAAUAAUGGGUAUUUCAUCUGCUGGAGGCAAGUAUAAAGCAUUUUCCACCUGUGGGUCUCACCUCUCUAUUGUCUUCUUAUUCUAUGGUAUGGGCCUUGGGGUCUACUUCACUUCUGGAACAGCCCAUCCCUCCAGAAAAGGCUCAAUAACCUCAGUGAUGUAUACUGUGGUCACCCCCAUGCUGAACCCCUUCAUCUACAGCCUGAGGAACAGGGACAUGAAGGGGGCUCUAAGGAAACUUUUCAGCAGAGGAACUUGCUCUCAGUGAGAUAAUGGAAGUUAAGAACAGACAACAGAGAUCCAAAGUGGUAAUAACUGGUAUCCUGAAUAUGUAAUCUGAAGACAGAAAAUAAGUACUGCUCAUGAUAUGCUAGAAUAUUCCUGAAGAUAGACAUGAAGCAGCAUAUCAAAAGUUUCAUCAUUUGCCAAGGAAAAUGAAUGAUGCCCAACUA